AUGGCGACUGCGGAUUUGCGAUUGACGUAUGGUGCCAUGUUCAUAGGCUCCGUUAUAUCUGUUUUUUUGUCCGGCAUUGGGACUCUUCAAGCUUAUAUGUAUUUCCGACACUACGGAAGGAAGGAUUCGCGAGUCAUUCGCUUGAUGGUGCUUGCAGUCUGGAUUUUGGAUUUUAUCCACACAGUUUUUAUCUGCCAUGCAGUCUGGAACUAUCUAGUUUUGAAUUGGGGUAACCUGCAAGAAUUAGAUCGUUUAAUUUGGAGUAUUGGGGCUAGUAUCGGAGUCACCGGCCUUGUUACUUUUAUUGUGCAAAUGUUUUUUACUUUCCGGGUCUGGAGGUUCAGCAAGCGUAACAAAUAUUUAGGCAUUUGCGUCACUUGCAUGGCUGCUGUUCGGUUGGGAUCCGCACUAGCGACUUCAGUCGAGAUGAUUCGUCUUGGCCAUUACUCGACAUUCAUCCGCGAAUUUCGGUGGCUAUUUACCGCUGGAUUGGCACUGUCGUGUUUCAUUGAGAUUCUGCUCACGUCGUCGUUGUGCUACUAUUUGCAAAUUAAUCGGACCGGCUAUUCGACCAUGGACGAAAUUAUCCACCGAUUGCUCAUGUACACCGUUAGUAACGGGUUAAUAACUACCUUCGCGUCAUUGCUCGCAAUGCUUUUUGCCGCUACCAUGCCGCAUAACUUUUUGUUCAUCUCGCUUCAUUUUGUCAUCGCUAAGACCUACAUCAACUCUGUACUUGCAACUCUCAACUCGAGAGAUGCACUCAAGAAGAGAGAUGAUUCAAAUCUUAUCGCGGUCCAGAUAUCUGUUGAAGGGCAUUCACAGCCGCAUUUCAGGCGUUAUAAUCCAAACAAUCGUUCUCCGCCUGUAUCUGACAAUCGCGGGAUCGCACUCGCUACUGCCGAUCAUUUCGCAGAAGACGAGAGGCAGGCUGGCGAUCUCAAAGUGCACGUACAUGUUGAACAAGCGUUUCACAGCGACGAAGAAAUGGAAGGUGAGCGGAGGCUAGACAGUUGUUAUAAGAUGCCACCACUAUCGCUUGGCGAUGAUGUACAAAGGAUGAAGGAUUUGCGUCGGUUGGAGUAA